GCUAACGCUAGCCAACGAGCUAACCAGCUAUGUGUAUGCACCAACCUCACUCGAUAAUUUCAUUUUUUAGCGGAGAAAAAUGGUGAAACAGACGAUACAGAUAUAUGGCCGCAUUAAACCUACCAAGAAAAAUACAACGGUGUACUCUGUGGACAAUGAGGAGCAGACAGGUGCUUUUCUGGAGUUCCUGGUUCCCCGGGACCUCGCUGAUGGCUUUGUCAACAACAAGAGGGAGUGCUACAAGUUCAGGUUCCUAAAGGUGUUUGAUCAAGCUGUUAAACAAGAAGAGGUAUUUGAAAACAUUGCCAAACCAGUUGCAGACAGUGUGUUGGCUGGCUACAAUGGCACCAUAUUUGCCUAUGGCCAGACGGGCAGUGGGAAGACGUUUACCAUCACAGGAGGGGCCGAGCACUACAGUGAUCGUGGAAUUAUCCCCCGCACACUUUCAUACCUGUACGAACGCUUCAGCCAGGACAGCAGUAUGGUUUAUACCACACACAUCUCCUACUUGGAGAUCUACAACGAGAUGGGAUAUGACCUCCUGGAUUCCCGCCAUGAAGCGUCUCGACUGGAGGACCUACCAAAGGUGCUGAUUAUGGAAGAUCCAGACCAGAACAUCCAUCUGAGGAACCUGUCACUGCAACAGUCAGCAAAUGAGGAGGAGGCUCUGAAUCUGCUCUUCCUUGGAGACACCAAUCGUAUGAUUGCAGAGACUCCGAUGAACCAGGCGUCCACACGCUCCCACUGUAUUUUCACCAUGCACUUGUGCAGACGCGAGCCGGGCUCGGCCACCGUGCGACGCUCCAAGCUCCACCUGGUGGACUUGGCCGGAUCGGAUAGAGUGAGCAAGACUGGCCUGAGCGGGCAGCUGCUCACUGAGGCCAAGUACAUCAACCUCUCCCUCCACUACUUGGAGCAGGUGAUCAUUGCUUUGUCAGAGAAGAACCGCUCUCAUAUUCCCUACAGGAACUCCAUGCUGACCUCUGUGCUGAGGGACAGCCUCGGGGGCAACUGCAUGACUACCAUGAUCGCCACCAUGGCAGUAGACAGGAGGAAUCUAGAUGAGUCCAUCUCCACGUGUCGCUUUGCUCAGCGUGUGGCUCUCAUCAAGAACGAGGCCAUCCUGAAUGAAGAGCUGGAUCCUGCCCUGCUAAUAGCCCGUCUGAAGAGGGAGAUCCAGUCUCUGAAGGAAGAGCUGGCCAUGUUAACGGGAGAACAGAGGGACGGGCAGCUGACUGUGGAGGAGAUCCAGAGGUUGGAAGAGUUAGUCAAGGCCUUUCUGGACGACCCUGAUCCAGACGUGAUGCUGUCGUUGGGACCAGACAUGAGAAAGAUCCAGUUCUGUUUCUCCCUGCUGAAGAUGAUGAUCAUGGACAAGCAAAGAGGAGGGAAUGGGAACGCUGAUGGGAAAGCAUCACCGACAGCAGCUGAGAGGGAAGACAGCCAACAGUCAGCAGCAGAAGUCACCAAACUGAAGGAGAUGAUGACCCACCGUGACAAUGAGAUCAGUAUCCUAGUUAAGAUGUUGAAGAAGGAGAAAAAAAGAGCCCAGGAUGCUGUUGCUCAGCUUGCUAACACCGUCAAUGGCCAGAGAACGGCGUCCCAGGAUGCCUCAGGGUUGUCAACAAUGCCACUAUUGAGGGAAGGGAGCCCAGAUAGCAUCUCAACCGGCCAUAGAGGACGAGCCAUACAGCACAUGAAAAGAGGUCCACAGCUAUCCAUGGGAAAGCAAGAGGCCUUUGAGAUCUUCAUAAGUGACCAUGAGGACCAUCUGACCAUUGAAGACAACAAGAAGCUGCUCAAACAGAGGUCAGCUGAGGCCAGAAGAAUUGGAGAGGAACUGAAUGAGGCUAGAAACAGAAUAAAUGAGUUGAAAAAGCAGUUAGAGGUGCAGAGGAGACAGAGGGCCGCUCAUGCUGUAAUGCAGAAUCACCAAGAGAUCGAGGAGGAGUACGACCCCGUGGAAGAAAACCUGUGCAAACACAUAGAGCAAGAAAAGAAGGCUUACAAGAGCGCCAUCGGGCGUCUCAAAGCUCUGAGGACGGAGAUUGAGCACCUGCAGCUGCUGUUGGAGAGGGCGAAGGUCAAGCUCCAGAAAGACUUCCAUCAGUGGUGGAGCAGGGAGGCUUCCAGCGUGCAGGAGUCUGAGGCCACAGCCAGAAGUCACACAGGGUCGCCAAGGGGAACCUCACAGCCAUCUUCACCCAGCACUCCAGGAUUUCGUGCACCUGUUCUGAGCAGCACUGUGAGAGACUCUCCACCAGAACCACACCCAGUCCACUGCUCCACCUCUGUUCAAGAUCUCAGAAGCUACAUCCCCGUGAUGGCUGUCCCAGCAGGGCAUGAUGAGACCCUGGGUAGGACGGUGUCUGACUUCACUCCUUCAUCUGACUGGAGGUCUCUUUCCACCACCACACUCUCAUCCUCCUCCAUUCCCCUGACCGGAGACCAAAAGGCUGAUGCUGACAUCCUGGCAUUUGUCAGAGCAAGGCAAAACCUCCUCAGCAGGACAGGACCACCUCAAUAAUACCACGAUGCUCUGAUGAACACCUGAAGUUCCGUCAUCUAAAUGCUUCUUCAACCUCCAUCUGCAUUUAAACGAGUAUUGGACAUUAUUGAGUAAAGAUGGACGGACAUUGAAGAUCCUGAAAAUACUGGAUUUGUGAUCUGCCAAACACCAGCCACACAUCCUGUCUGAUGUGUGCAUGCAGACACACUGGUUGGCCUCCUGGAGUAUUUGUCCGGUACAAUGGGCAGCAGUAUAAAUCACAGCCUGCGCUGCACAUUUGAUCUAAACAAAUGUUGUCUCAAGAUAUGAGAGGAAGGAAACCAGGUGGCUCCAGUAUGUGUGUAAAGAAGAAUGAAUCAUGAUGUAUCAAAUGGCCACAGGAAGUUUAACAUGCAUUUCAGAUUUAUGUUAUUUUGUGUAAAAGGUUGUGAAUAGAUGUGUAAUA